CUCUCCCAAACGCUUCGUAGGGUUUUUCUCUAGUCUCGGUUCUCGGUGAGGCCUUCUUCCCAGCCAUCGCGACGGCGGCCGCCAUGAGAGCCCUCCUCUCCCUCUCCAAGCUUGCCCGUCGUCUCCCCACCUCCCUGGCCGCCACCAGGGUCGCCCCGCCCCUCCUCCAACGGCACCUUCACGCCGACUCCGCACUUCCUCCUCAAGCUCCGCCCCCUUUUGCCUCCCGCAUCCUCCAAUCCGAAGAGAGCCCGAACCCGAGCACUGAUUUGGAACAUGCUCAGCCCGCCCCCGACCCUGUCCUUGAUGAGUUCCUCGCCCGCUUGGUCACCGCGCUCCGUCCGACACUUGCGGCCGCCUUCCCCACCCACACCCGCCCCGUGCUCGACGAAAUGCUUCGUCUUAUCGCGGAGGCCGUCCUCAACCGCCUCUCCGGAGCCGAUCCGGGGCCAGACACCGUCGAGCUCAGCGACGACCUCUGGGCGGCGGUGUGGGAGGUCAGCGCCUCCGUGCGCGAGGCCAUGCGCCGGGACCAGGUCCGCGCCGACCUCCGUAACUACCUCCACUCCGACGAUGUCAAGGAGAUGACGCGGUUCGCCGUUGACGUAGGCAUCCGCGGCGCUAUGCUCCGCGAGCUGCGCUUCAAGUGGGCCCGCGAGAAGCUCGAGGAGGUCGAAUUCUACCGCGGCCUCGAGGUCAUGCGCCAACAGGCUGAUGCGGCUGAUAGCCCUGCCGCACCCGCGCCGGCGAGGCUAACCGCGUUGCCGCAGAGGAAGGGGGAGGUUAAGUUCAAGAUCUCUGGGUUGGACUUGUCAGACCCAAAGUGGGCUGAGGUGGCUGAGCGGGCGGCUGAAGCUGAGGCACACUUUGUGCCAGAGGAGGCCAAGGCUGUAGAUGGGAAGGCGAAGAAGGCCGAGGAGCAACUGCUGGCGGUUGAGCCGAGGAAAGGCAACCCAGUUCCUGCCAUGGAGGAGUGGAAGGAGGAGCUCCGACCAAAGCGCGUUGACUGGAUGGCACUCCUCGAGCGGGUUAAGGCCCGCAAUGUUGAGUUGUAUCUCAAGGUUGCUGAAAUUCUUUUGGAUGAAGAUUCAUUUGCUGCAACUAUCCGAGAUUACUCCAAGUUAAUUGAUCUUCACUCUAAAGCAACUCACGUGCAAGAUGUAGAAAGGAUACUUGGUAAAAUGAAAGAGAAGGAUAUUGCACCUGAUAUCCUCACAUCCAUCACCUUAGUCCACAUGUAUAGCAAAUCUGGCAAUCUUGAACAAGCCACGCGGGCGUUUGACUUUAUCCAAAAGGAGGGCCUCCAACCAGAUACGAAACUCUUUACAUCAAUGAUUAGUGCCUGUAUUAACGCUGGAGAUCCGAAACAAGCAGAGAAAUUGGUAAAGAAAAUGGAUGAGCUUUCCAUGAAACCCAGCAGGGAAAUAUACAUGGAUGUGAUGCGGGCAUAUGCUGAGCGUAACUUAGUAGAUGGAGCUCAAUCGGUGAAAACAAAAAUGUCAUUUGCUGGAAUCGAGCCCCCGUUGGAGUGCUUCACAUUGCUUAUAGAAGCAAAUGGACGGGCUGGCAACCCUGAUUAUGCAUAUGAAGCGUUUGAACAGAUGAGGAAGAAUGGGCAUGAACCAGAUGACCGUUGCCUGGCUGGUAUGAUUACUGCACUCAUGAAGAAGAACCAGCUGGACCAGGCUUUGAAGUUGCUGCUGAGUUUAGAGAAGGAGGGGGUUAAACCUGGAGUUAAGACAAAUCUGGUCCUGCUGGAUUGGCUGUCCACGUUGCAGUUGGUGCAAGAGGCUGAACAACUUGUACAGAAGAUAAGAAAGGCGGGAGAAGAGCCCCUAGAGAUCCAUGUUUACCUUGCUGAUAUGUAUGCGAAAUCACGCCAGGAAGAGAAAGCCCGCAAAUCCCUCAAGAUCUUGGAAGAGAAGAAGAGACUGCUGAAGGCUGAUCAGUUUGAGAGGAUUAUAAGAGGCCUUCAGGUAGGGGGGUUUUCGGAAGAUGCAAGCAGAUAUUUCAAAAUGAUGAGAUCUCGUGGCUUUGUUCCAUCAGCAACAGUGGAGGCCGGGGUCAGGGGCGUCGGUCGCCCGGCUGGCAGGUAGUUAGCCGGUCAUGCCACUGAUUCUGGUAUGAAAUCUAGCAGUAGCACCGACGACGUCACAGCUUAUUCAGAGGAACUGAUGUGAUAAAGAUCCCCAUUAUCGGGCGAAUUUUGGUUGUUAUUUAAGGUCUGUAGACCAUAAGCUCAGAUGAAGUUGAUGAGUGCGUGAACCCCUGGUGCUAGUGCCAUGAAUUUUCUGCUCUCAUAAAUCGGGUCUUGCACUUGUAUUUCAUAUAACAUGUUUUGUCAUUGUAAAAUCUGAAUCGCCAGAUUGUGCCAAGAAACAGAUUUAUUUAUC